AGUGCUCCUAACUGCUGAGCCAUCUCUCCAGCCCCCUUGGGACUGUUUUGAGAUAGCCUUGCUGUCUUCAGCAAUCUUCCUUCCUCAUCUUCACAGGUGCUGGCAUAACAGGUGCACUACCACGCCUGGCUUGGGGGAAACAUGUUUAAGGAGGCUCGGUUUGCAAAGGCAAGAAUCGCUAGAGAAGUGCUGCUCAAAUACGACAGCUGCCAGCAGGCAGAUCAUGAGCCAUCAGCUCCUUUGGGGCAGGCUAUAGGACAGACAACAAAACUAACUCACGGACGGACCAGUGUACCAGGCACCAUGGGACAGUGUCGGUCAGCCAACGCUGAGGAUGCCCAAGAGUUCAGUGAUGUAGAGAGGGCCAUCGAGACCCUCAUCAAGAACUUCCAUCAGUACUCUGUGGAAGGUGGAAAGGAAACGCUCACCCCGGCUGAACUACGAGACCUGGUUACCCAGCAGCUGCCACACCUCAUGCCGAGCAACUGUGGGCUAGAAGAGAAAAUUGCCAACCUGGGCAACUGUAAUGACACAAAACUGGAGUUUGGAAGCUUCUGGGAGCUGAUUGGAGAAGCAGCCAAGAGUGUGAAGAUGGAGAGCCCUGUUGCUCGGAGCUGAGGACCUCUUCUUGGAACUUGUUGGGGGUGUUGGGGGUAGGGGAUUUUAGAGGCCCCGAGCCUGGAAAUAAAAUUUUUCUCUACCCCCACCACCCCAUUCCCCAGCCUGCACCUCUCCUCAUCUCUGUAAGGUUCAGGCUCAGGACAGCCUUCCCUGUGGGCUCUGUGCACUCAUCUAGGGUGCUCUGUGGAGCUCCAGAAGUCCUCAUCCCAGGGGAGCUCAGGGGGUGGGUUGGGGCUGGAGAGGAUAUGCAGGGAUCCUGGCGGGGUAAGGGCCAACCAAGCCCUUGGUAGUAGGGGAAGGGCAGAAAGAAACUGGGCUAUGGGAAGUGAUCUGAAGAACGGGGCUGGGAAGCUGGCUGGAGACUUGGUCCUGAAAAGGGUGUCUGAGAACCUAUCUAACCCUUCUGAUCUUGUCCGACUCCAACUGUGGCUGUCAGCCUCGUGCCGUCCUCGCUGCUUCCAGGGUCUGUCUCUGAGCAGGAGCAGGGCAAAACAGGAGCAGAGUUGCAAAAGAGGCCGAGGAGGGCGGGACUUCAGAGGUGUGGGGUGAGAGGACCAGCUAGGUGCUUGGGCAU